AUGAGCAGUGUUAUGUUUCAGUCAGGCUUCCAGGCCACCAGCUUUAGUGUCCCAUAUGUCAGUCCAAUCUCUGGAGGACUACAAGCUGGAAAAGCCAUUUUCAUUCAGGGAGCAAUUCCCCUUGAGUCUGAUAGCUUCGUCGUAAGCCUGAAGUGUGGGCAGACUGAAGGUGAUGACAUUGCCUUUCAGAUCAAGCCUGUGUUCAGCAGCAACAGCAUGGUCCUUAACAGCUGCCAAAAAGGAUCAUGGGGGAAAGAGGAGAAUCUUGCCCUACCCUUAAAAAAGGGAAGCAGCUUUGAUCUGAUUAUUGUUGUAAAUUCGGAAAACUAUCAGGUGUUUUUGAGUGGAGGGGAGGUUGGCAAAUUUAACCAUCGUAUACCACUGGAAAAAGUCACUGUUCUUGAUAUAAGAGGACUUAUUACUUUAACAAACGUAGUGUUCAUUGAGACCCUACCAUAUACGGGCCCAAUUAAUGGGGGGCUGAAAGCAGGAAAGGCCUUGUUCUUGCAGGGCACUGUUGCUAGCAAUGCAGACAAGUUUGCAAUAAAUUUAAAGACGGGACAGUCAGAUAUGGAUGACAUUGCUUUUAACUUAACACCCCAAAUGAAGGGGAAAGUGGUCAUGAACAGCUUUAGGGCUGGAAAAUGGGAAACUGAGGAAUAUGGCCCUGAUAAUCCUUUUAAAAUGGGAGAGCCUAUUCAACUGUUUAUUGUUACCAAAUCUGAUGGUUAUGAGUUAUACGUUAAUGGAAGACAAUUUUACACGUUCAAGCAUCGUAUCCCGCUGGACAAAGUCACAGCGUUGAAUAUUGCUGGAAACGUUAAUGUGAACAUUAUUGGCUUCAUAGAAGUAAGUCAUAAAUAUUUGAUCAGUUAUACAGUAGUACUAUUAAAGUGUAAAUGUUAUUUUAUCACUCCAGUAAGACUCAAGUAAGCUUGAUAUUGAGAGUAAACAUCACUCACCUUUUUCUCCUCAU